AUGUCUCUCUUAAGGACACUAAUUAAUCGUUCACUGAACAAGCCUGCUAUCGUAACUCGUUUUUUAUGUACCGCUCCUUCGGAAACCACAACACCUACUGACAAACAGGGUGGCUAUGCAAAAGCAUUUACCAAGUUUGAAAAUUUGGAUAGUGAACAAAAAGUUCAAGAACCAAUACAAACCUUUGCUAGUCUGCUGAGCAACUCCAAGUUUGUUGAUUUAGGAGACCCAGAAGGAAAAAUAGUUACUGGAAAAAUCUUCCAUGUGAUUGAAGAUGAUCUGUACAUUGACUUUGGAUGGAAAUUUCACUGUGUGUGUCCCAGGCCAAAGAAAAAUGGACAAAAUUAUUUACGAGGAGCCAAAGUUAGGCUGCUAAUUAAAGAUUUGGAACUUUCUUCAAAAUUCCUGGGUUUUGAAAAAGAUCUUACAUUAUUGGAAGCUGAUUGUGUACUAUUAGGGUUAUCACAGGAGAGACAAGAAAAUAAAACUUAAUCCAUUAUUAGCAUUGUAUAAACUCUGUAUAGAAGUUAAAUUAAAAUUUGUUUUGUAUUAUA